UUAUCGACAAUGAAUAUAUGCGUCGUUGGAGCGGGUGUCGUCGGUUUGACGACCGCGCUGGAGCUGCAGCGUGAGAUGCGGAACGCCAAUGUCACCAUUCUAGCCGAUCGGUUCGAGCAGGACACAUGCAGCGACGUUGCGGCUGGCCUAUUUCGCCCCGGAACUAGCUUUUCCGGCCCGACCGAGGAAAUCACCAGGAAAUGGAUUUCAGACGCGUACAACCACUGGGAUGAACUACGGAAGACGGAACAUGCUGCCCGUGCCGGUGUGUGCCAGUUGUCGGGUUACAUUUUUUCCAGUCGUGAUCCUGCCAUUGUUAGGAAUCACUACAUCGAAAAGGUCCUGCCCGUGUACCGUGCCGCGACCGAGCAGGAACUUCAAAUAUGUCCGGGCGGAUGGAAGUAUGGGUCGUUUUUCACAACCAUCCUUACCGAGUGCCGGCUGUUUCAACCGUGGGCGACAGAAAGGUUUCUUGACAAUGGCGGGCGAAUUGUUACCGUUGCCUUGAACAACCUGCAGGAGUUGCGCGGCAGGUACGAUGUGGUCGUGAACUGUGCCGGAUUGGGGGCCAAGCGGCUGUGCAACGAUCAUAAAUUGGUACCCAUCCGCGGGCAGGUCAUAAAGGUACGGGCGUCUUGGGUGAAGACGGCAUUCUAUGCGGACUAUGAUACGUACAUUAUACCGGGCAUCCAAGGCGUAACGCUCGGGGGAUGCCGUAAUUUCGAUAGCUACAAUACGGAGGUCUCCCGGCAUGAUUCGGCUGCGAUUCGUGAACGGUGCGAAUCAUUGUUGCCGAGCCUGCAAGGGGCACCUGUUAUACGGGAAUCGGUCGGAUUGAGACCGCAUCGUGAUCCUGUGCGCGUUGAAAUUGAAUUACUGCCUACAUCAAACGGAAAUCUACGCGUUGUACAUAACUACGGCCAUGGAGGAUAUGGGGUAACGACAGCACCAGGCACGGCAAAAUACGCCGUUCAACUUGUAAAGGAAGCAUUGCAGGCUAAUAGCAAAUUGUAA